AUGGGAUGUAUAGCAAGUACAUCAAAUAAUGAAUUUGGUCAAGAGGAAAAUGACCCAUUUCUCCAAUUCAAAAAAGCAAACGAUGCAAUUGAACAAGAAUUAUAUCUGGAGAAACAAAGAAAAAAAAAUGAAAUUAAACUGUUACUACUGGGUGCUGGGGAGUCUGGUAAAUCUACAGUAUUAAAACAAUUAAAGCUCUUACAUCAAGGUGGGUUCACACAUAGGGAACGAAGACAAUACAGUCAGGUUAUCUGGGCUGAUGCCAUUGAAUCCAUGAAAAUUCUUAUAAUUCAGGCAAGAAAAUUGAAUAUUCCGUUAGAUUGCGAUGACCCAGAGAAAAAUGAAGAUUUGUUUAAGGCUAAGACUGUUAUAUUGAAUACCAAUACGUUACAACUAAUUGAUGCAAAUUUGGCGGGUGGCUCUAAUUUUCUAAAUGAUUAUGUACUUAAGUAUUCUGAAAGGUUUGAAACAAAACGAAGGAUUCAAUCAACAGGGAAAGUACAAACAUUUGAUAUAAAUCCCUCAUCAGAUGGUGUUGAUGUGAUAGAUGUAAACGAAAUUAACGAAACUUUAUCAAAGGACAAUAAUUUGGAUUCAAAUAAUGGAUUGAUUAUUGGAAGUUUACAAAGCAUUAAUAAUAGUAAUAAUAAUAAUAAUAUCAGGUCAAACUCUUCAAAAAAUUUGGAACCAAAAGUUUAUACGAAUGAGGAUAUAGCAAAUGCUAUUGCUAAAUUAUGGAAAAAUGAUAAGGGGAUUAAACAAUGUUUCAAUCGCUCUAAUGAAUUUCAACUUGAAUCCUCUGCUGCAUACUAUUUCGAUAAUAUUAUAAAAUUUGCUGCCAAGGAUUAUACAUGUUCGGAUACAGAUAUUUUGAUGGGUAGAAUAAAGACCACAGGUAUCACGGAAAAUUUAUUCAACAUAGGUUCAACAAAAUUUAAAGUGUUAGAUGCAGGUGGCCAACGUUCUGAGAGAAAAAAAUGGAUACAUAGUUUUCAAAAUAUUACUGCGGUAAUAUUUGUUCUAGCAACAAGUGAAUACGAUCAAAUGUUGUUUGAAGAUGAAAGAGUAAACAGAAUGCAUGAGUCAAUUAUGUUAUUUGACACUUUGUUAAAUUCAAAGUGGUUUCGAAACGUUCCAUUCAUCUUAUUUUUAAAUAAAAUAGAUUUAUUUGAACAAAAAGUGAAACGUGCUCCAAUAAGAAAAUAUUUCCCAGAUUAUCAAGGUCGUAUGGGUGAUGCAGAAACAGGUUUACAAUAUUUUGAAAAGCUCUUCUUAAGUCUGAAUUGUUCUAAUAAGCCGAUAUAUGUUAAGAGAACCUGUGCUACAGAUUCUCAAACAAUGAAAUUCGUUUUAAGUGCAGUGACUGAUAUGAUUAUUCAACAAAAUAUGAAGAGAAGCGGGUUACUAUGA